CCAUUAUGCUGGGUUAAAUAAACCCAAAAUGUGUUCUGUCCUAUAUUUGCCCAGCCCUUGGGUUGUUUUUAACCCAGUAUUGGGAAACCAUAUUGACAGACAGAGAGCUCAAACAAACAUCUGAAGUGCCUUUGCAAGCGUCCUCUGAAGUAAUCAUUAACCUCUAAUGUGAUAAUGAUGAUCACAUGAUCACAAAACAAACAUGCUAUAGAGACUGAUCCUCAGAAUGGAACAAGGAUAUCCGGGAUAACAGAUAUGAAAAGCUUCUAUAGUUUUACAGUGUUUCCAGCAUAACUGGAGAAACUGCGGUGGAAAAUGAGUGAAAUCUCAGAGGAGGAUCUGCAGUGUCCCGUGUGCUACGACAUCUUCACUGAUCCUGUGCUUCUGUUAUGUAGUCACAGUCUCUGUAGAGCGUGUUAUCAACAGUUGUGCAGCACCAGAGGAUUUCACGAAUGUCCAAUUUGCAGGAAAAGAUUCACAGGAUGUCAUCCACCGAAUAAUCUUGCAUUGCGGAACGUGUGCGAGUCAUUCCUACAGAAGAGAAAUGUGCUCUGUGAUGAGCACAGAGAGAAACUCAGACUCUUCUGUCUGGACGAUAAACAUCCCGUGUGUUUGGUGUGCAGAGAUUCAGAGAAACACCGUAAUCACACAUUCAGGCCCGUUGAUGAAGUCGCACCACUUCUGAAGGAGGAAUUGAAGACUGCAUUAAAACAUUUACAAGAAAAACUCGAGAGUUUUAAAGAAAUUAAAGAAUCAUUUGAUGAUGCAGCACAACACAUUAAGACUCAGGCUCAGCAGACGGUGAGAUGCUUGCAGGAGGAGUUUGAGCGGCUUCAUCAGUUUCUGCGAGAUGAAGAGAUGCUCAGAAUAUCUGCACUGAUAGAGGAAGAGAAUCAAAAGAGUCAGAUGAUGAACGAGAGGAUUGAACAAAUAGACAGAGAAAUUGAAUCUCUUUCAAACAACAUCAGAGCUAUUAAAGAUGAUUUAGACGCUGCCAACAUGCCCUUUCUGCAAAACUUCAUGUUCUCAGAAGAAAGAGCCCAGAUCACACUGCAGGAUCCAGAGAUUCCUACUGGAGCAUUAAUGAAUGUGCCAGAACACCUGGGAAACCUGAGGUUCAAAGUCUGGGAGAAGAUGCAGGAGAUAGUUACAAUCACAGCUCUUGUCACACUGGACCCCAACACCGCAUAUCCUCUGCUGUUCCUGUCUGAUGAUCUGACCCAUGUAAAAUCCAGCGCUGAUGGACAACAGUAUCCAGAAAAUCCAGAGAGAUUUGACUAUUACCACUGUGUGCUGGGUUCUGAGGGCUUUAACUCUGGACAGCACUGCUGGGAUGUGGAGGUCGAAAACAACACAUGCUGGUCUGUUGGAGUAACAACAGCAUCUAACCAGAGAAAAGGAAACGUGUUCUUUGACACUGGAGCGUGGCGUGUGCGCUAUAUGGCUGGCCAGUAUACGUCACAGUCACCGCUGAUGACUCGCACGCAUUUAGCCGUUGAAGAGAGACUGAAGGUGAUUAGAGUGAAGCUGGACUGGGACGGAGGAACGGUUUCAUUCUCUGAUCCGCUUACUAACACACAUCUGUGCACGUUCAUCAGCACAUUUACAGAAACAAUCUUUCCAUUUCUCUAUAGCAGCUGUACAGAUUUCCCACUCAGAAUCUUACCUGUGAAGUUCAGUAUAACUGUGGAGGAGCCUAAAUAAAGCCUCAGAAAUAAAAAAAUUUAAUAUUGUAUACAUAUAUAUAUAUAUAUAUAUAUAUAUAUAUAUAUACACACACC